GGAUAAGUGUGAAAAAUUAGAUCCAUAAAACUAAAGACAAACCCUUUUAUGCUUUCAGCUUGAACUAUGACUUAAUGACGCCAUUUUCCCUUCUUUAUCGGUUAAUAUUAUGGAGGCAACUUAUAAAACCAAAAUGUUUAGUUUAAGUAAAGUCCAGUUUAUGAUUAACUUUGUCCCUUCAACUUUGAUUUAUGCAAGUGAAGUUAUUGUUCAACAAUCAUAAUAAUAUGGUUAAAUUAAUGUAUUCAUUGAUUAGCUAUUUGUUUAUUGGAUUAACAUUGGCCAUUGUUUGUGUCGAUGGAUUGAGAUUGAGACAUUUUCUUAAGCUCAGAAGAUUGCUAUCUCUUCAUCUAGCUGUAAACUCACAUAAGAAGACGUUUUUGCCGUUUUCAAGUCAUCAUCAUGGAUUUGAUGACUGGAUUAAACAUUGGGAUCCAUCUUGGUAUGAAUUACCUCACCAUUUCAAUCCAUGGGAUCAUCAUUGAGCUGAAAAUAAUCAACACCUUUGAUACUAACAAAGUCAAUCAAGUCGAGUAAACCAAUUUGACAAUAUUUUGUUUAAUCUCCUUGUAAACUGACACAUUUGGAAAUGUCUACAGUAAUUGUCUGUCAUAUUACAUAUUCAUUACAAGCAAAUUACAUUCAGGCUCAUGUGGAUUGAGUUGUGGGUGAUGCUUAUUAUUUAUUAUUUAAUGAAUUAAAAUAACAAAGAUCAACAACAAUUUCUAGUACAUUUGGAGAAUCAUUAGAAAGAUUGAUUGAAACUUUACCUCAACUUAAAGUGUAAAUAACAUAAUUAACGAGACGAUCUAUGAUGCUUAACUCAAAGCCACAAAACUAAUAUGUCAUGGAAAUAUCGAGGAUAACAACGGAUUGUCGGGAUUGUCGGUCUUUCGGAUUGUUUUAAAAUGGUUAAAGUGUACCUUAUAAGUGGAUCGACUUCUAAUGAUAAAGCAAAUCGGAAAAGCAACAAUUCAGAGAAACCCAAACCAAGCCAUUUCAGUGUAACAUGGACAAACCUAAACUAUCAUGUUGCUGCUUCUACAGUUGAUGUAAUUUUAGCUAAACUGGUUGGUGAAACAGUGCAAAACACUCGCUAUGUUUUACAAAACUUCAAUGGUUCCUUCAAAUCAGGUGAAAUGACUGCUUUAAUGGGACCAAGUGGAGCUGGUAAAUCAACAUUAUUAGAGUGCAUUGCAACCCUUAGACAUAAGAAUCGAACCGGAAUGAUUCAGGUUAAUGGAAGAUCUAAAGUUUCUAUUGGAUUUAUACCACAAAAGGAUCAUCUAUAUGAACAUUUGACUGUCCGAGAAGCAAUUAAUUAUGCCUCAAGAUUACAAAAUUCAAGAAUACUUGGUCUAGAUCAAGAAGAAGAAGAAAGGAAAAAAUCAAAUCCAAAUGAAACUCUGAAUGAACCCAAAUCUCCCUCAAAAGUUGAUCAUAAAGCAAUCACUGAGGCAUUGUUAGCCGAUCUUGGUCUAUUUGUAUGCAGUGAUACACGAAUUGGCUCUAUCAGUGGUGGUCAAUUGAAGAGAGUCUCAAUUGGACAAGAACUCGUCUCUCAACCUGAUAUACUUAUUCUUGAUGAACCAACUUCUGGUUUGGAUUCAUCAAGUUGCCUUCAAAUGGUCGACCUAUUGUAUACAUUAACACAAAAGUCUAAACCAAUCGCCAUUUUAAUGACCAUUCACCAGCCACCAGCUCGUAUAUUUAACCUUUUUCACAAGGUUUACAUGUUAUCGAUAAUUGGUAAAGCAAUUUACGAAGGAAGUCCCAAAGAUGUGGUUUCAACUUUAGCCAAACAUAAUAUUCAAUGUUCACAAUUUUAUAAUCCAGCCGAUUUACUGAUUGAGGUAGCCUCAGGUGAUUAUGGUUUACCAGUGAUUAACAGCAUGGCCUCUAGCAUGAACCUAUCCCACCAAGGGACACUUCCAAUUCUUCCUCUUCCCUCUGCUGAUACAUUUCCCAUGGAAAAAGCUUUGGUUAAACCAAUAACACCUUUUUGGACUCACUUCUGGAUUCUUUGGCAACGAUUAACAUUACUUGCCCUUCGCGAUCCAAUGAUGUCUGCAUUGAGACUUAUCUUUGCCUUUAACGCAGCUUUAUCAAUAUCUUUAGUUUACGCUGAUUUAACCCAAGGUACGGGUUGUCCACCUAAACCACCUUCAAUCAGUUCAAUAAUAGAUGGAAAUGGUUUAUCGUCAUUCAAGACAUCUUUGGACGAAUCAAAGAAGCAAACCCAUGAAGUGGUCUCAUCUUUUUUCUUUAUACUAUUAUAUACAACUUUUGGUGCUAUUGUACCCACUGCGACUACCUAUCCUCUCGAAAUAUUGGUAUUUCAAAAGGAAAGGUACAAUGGCUGGUAUUCACCAAUGUCUUAUGCCAUGGCUAAACUUUUUGUUGAUGUACCAUUCAUUUUCAUCACCAAUUUGAUGGUUAUGAGCAUAUUUUUUGCUCUAACUGGUCAACCAUUUGAUCGAUUUUGGUCAGCAUUUAUCGUCUUUUUUCUGUUGGGUUUAAUUUCGGUUUCUCAUGGUUCCCUGGUUGGCAUAAUAUUUAGAUACAAUGUGGUUGCCUCUGUUUUUGCUGCACCCAACUCAGCGGUUCCACUCGCUCUAUUUUCUGGUUUUUUUAUAAGACUCAAAGCGAUGCCUGCCUUUUUUGUCCUCGUUUGUCGUUCCUGUUACUUUUAUUAUGGUUUUGUUGGCUAUGUUACAGCAAUGUUUGGAUUUGAUAGAUGCAAUCAAAAGGAGAUGGCUAAAUUAUUUCGCUUACGGAGAGAUCUGAGCAGUUAUUUAUACCAGUCAAUUAGAAUCGCUGAAAUAACAAUGAAAGAAGACGAAGACGCUUUCAACAAAUCCCGUACAAUGAUGUUAGUUGAUUCAAUUGUCAAUGGAACUGCUGGUGAUUUAAAUGAAAUUGACGAGGAUAACAUAAAAUCUGGACCAAUGAUUUAUUACGAUUUCGUUGAUAGUGAUUAUUUUGUCGCAAUUGCUGGUCUUACGAUUACCUUCAUUGUAUUACGAGUUGGCUGUAUUUUACUUCUCAAUAGACUUGCAACAUUCAAGAAUUAACAGCAACAAUAAUCUUAAACAUGAAAGGUUAACUUUCACUAAUAUGAAACAACGAUUAAUAUGACCACUUAUUAAUGUGUUAAAAUUUUAAAAAUCAGUAAUUAACAGUAAUUUAGAUUUGCAGCGAUAUAAAAUGCUUGUAUUGUUGUUUAUAUUUUUGUUGAACCAGUUUUUGUUUUUUGAAAACAAUCACAUUCUGGUUCACAUGAAAUUAGAAGGCACCGAAUUAAAUGUUAUUAUCUUUGAUUAGGGUUUAUACUUUUUUCUGGUUUAAGCUAGAAAAUCAAAAACCUAAAUCAUCAUUAAUUGUUUUCACUUGUCAACCUUUGGUUACUGAUUUUAAUCUCAAUUGUAAUUACAAUUCAAACUUCAUCAUAACCUCAUUUUUCUCGUUCAUUUACAUUUCACUUUCUCUUUCCAAUUGUUCUUACCUUGAUCAAAGUCACAAUAGAUAUUCAUAGACAUUAUCCGAAAGUAAACCAGUUAAUCAUGUUUUCAUCUGUCAAACUCAUGACCAUUGUGACAAAAAUUAAUAGUUAAUCAAUUAAUAGUUUGGUUAAUUAAUCUUCGCACUUUGACGAUCAAUUUACAAUGGAUCAAAUGAAAAGUCUAAACUAUUUUACACAAUAAAGUGAUUUAUUAAAUUGUCAUUAGUACAAUAUAAAGAAGCGACAUUCAGAGUAGAUUCAUUUGCUUCACUAGAUUCCUCAACAGUCAACUUGAAGUUUUAGGUUUUGCUUUUCAAUCAAAAAUGGCAUCAAUGAUGAAGAUUUCAAUUUUAUUUCUGUUAAUUCUUCAUAUUUUCAUGGCUAAUUGUGUUUCACUAAACACUACCUUGACUGAUGAAUCAACUAAAUCACAGGUAUCAACUAAAGAGCUGUCAGUCGAUGCGAGUUUAACCAAACAAUCGGAUAAACUGGUGGAAUCAAGUUCAACUGCUGAAACCAAUUUAGCCUCAAUUGCUGCUGAUUCUGAGGACAGUUCAAAUGCCGAUGAGCUUGCUAUCAAUGAAAGAAAAAAGGGUAAGAAAGGAGGCAAACGAGGAAAAGGAUGCGGACGUUAAUCGGAUUCAUUGGCUAAUUUGCGAUUCCCUUAAUUGAGGAGAUAAAUCAAUCAGAAUUGUAAUCUUAUGUUACGAUGAAUAAAGAUGAAGUUUUCAGAUAUUUAAA